UCCAUGUCUCUUCUGGGCUAUCCUGGACUUUGCAGUGCUACCUCCCAUAGAAAUCACUGCUACAUCCCUGUGACUCCUUCCAUCGCCAUCUGCUCAGAUGAUGUAAACCCUGCCUUCAGACAUUACUUACCAAGCAGCUAUCAAGGCAAUCUCUGGCUUCUGGACCAUUGCCAAGACUCCUACUGUGAAGCACCUUGCUGUGAAUCUCCCAGCCGUGAACCCAAGACUUGUGCUCCAGCUGGUGAUCCCAGGAACUCCUGUGCGCCUUGCAAUUCCCCAUCUGUUAGUGCCUGCGAAACUACCAACAUCAGAUCCAGACCCAGCUGCAGUCCCUGUGCUGGGACCAAAGGGUAUGUACCCGAUUGCAGCACAGCUACUCGAUUUGCAUCUAAAGCCUGCCAAACUCCUCAAAAUGGCUCCCACUUCAUAGGGCAAUUUAAUUCCUUCCCGAAGAAUCUCCAGAGCCAGAGUCACUGUGGUCUGGGAAACGGUGGAUAUAGAAGCUACAGAAAUUUUGGAUUCUUCACCAAUGGCUUCUCCCCAUCUUGUUAUAUUACCAAUAGCUACCGACCACAAAGUUACCUAAUGAGAUAUUGCCAGUAUCCAAAUUAUGGGACUUCAAGCUUCCCACCACCGAGCUACUUAUGUAGAAAUUUUCAGUCUCUGAGCUAUAUACCUAGUACAUUUCCACCUCUGAGAUACUUGUGCAGCAGUAACAGACCUCUGAAUUGCUACUGAUGGACUUGCAGCUUGUACAAGGGCUCCGGAUAGACUGGUGGAGAAGAUCUUACUCGGUUCUAAGGUCUCUGAUUCUGCUAAAUUGAUUUAUUCAUCUCAGAAAGGUCACUGCCCUGGCCUCAAGUGUAAUCCUAGACCUGAUUAACCACUCCA